UUCACUGAAGCCAUUCCAUUCCCUUCCCUUCAUCCGCUGCGCCCUGGGGGGCCAUGGCGGCCAUGGCUAUGCGCCUCCAUCCCCUUCCUUUCAUAAAGCCUAGCCCCAUUCCUCCUCGCCGUGCCCUGCUUCUCAGGCCUCUUCUCCCUCCUUUGGCUCUCGCAAUUCCUCGUCUCCGUUCUCCACUGGCGUCCAGGUUCCCUCGAGUGAAUGCAGUGGAUUCUGGUGCCGAGAAUAGUGGAGGAGGAGAGGAGAAGGAGGACGAGCUGAGGGGGCGGAGCACGAUGCCGGAUAGAUUUCGCUAUCUUACUAAGGAGGUUCCUGAUCGGCCUAUUCGGUGGCCAUGGUUUAUCGCAUUGGCAUUUCUUGUUUACACUUGGCGUACUGUUCUUUGGGAGCUCUCAAACUGGAAGAAAGCAACUCUAGCCAUCUUUCAUUUUGUGGGGUACCCGUUCAAGCUUGUCUUCGCCUUCAUAUAUCAGUUCAUUGGCGGUCCAAUCACAGGCCUCAUAACAUGCAUCGAGUUCACCCUCUUUUUUAUCCGCUCCACUUAUCUAAACAUAGUAGCAUUCACUCCUGUUCCUGAGCUCACAAGAAUAAUCUUGUUCACAUCAACAGUACUAGCCAUUGCUGAAGCCACUGUUCCUGAUUCUGUUGACAGCCAACCAUACCUUCUCAUGUUUUCAGGCUUGAUCGGGGUUGGAGUUAUCAAGGGCUUCGUUCCAGAAUUUCUGUUUUUCUUGCUUCUCCCCUGUAUGUUCUGUUACUCACGCUUUUUCAAGAAGAGAGAUGAUGUUUCAGCUGCUUUGCCAUCAGUGGCAGUACUGACUGCAGUUGGAGAGCCAUUGGUGAGAUUCAUAACUAUUGCUUCCUAUUUAACUCUCGCCGUCAUUCAGCAUUCUAGGUCUUCCAAAGAAAGUGUUACUGCAGAAAUUACAUCGACCAGAAGAAGGCCGCCGCUGCCACUUCUGCUUGCUGCACUUGCAAUUGGAAUCAACAUUUCAGCCAAGUGGAUACGACACCGACAUUUGACCUGGAUGAUAGUGUAACUAAAUACACAAUUAUAUCUAUUUGUCCCGAAGUCGUGAUUUGAAAUUAGGGUUUUUAAAGAAUGAUGUAUGAGAUGUUUAUGUUUUAAAAUUUCAAGUUUUCUGCUGA